AUGUCUACUGGCAAUGUCGUUGAUGCAACUCCUACUCCUCUUGAAACUCCUAUUUCUGGUGGUAACAACGACACUACUCAAGGUGGUAACAACGGUGCGAGUGAUCAACAGCAUCCAGGAACAACUUCCGGUGAACAAGGUUCUGGUAAUCGCCGAUCCUUGUCACCGGAAUCUGGGCAAAGUCAAGUUCGAACGCUUGGGAAUGCCCCAGUUUCUAUCGCUGCCCUUGCUGCUUGCAACAAGCCAAUCGAAGACUUUCGUGCCUCAAACAUCUCAAAAGCCACAGCACUUAGCCGAAUCUACACCACACUCACCGACGCAUUACCAGCAGACCCGACAGGAGUCGAAGAGGCCUUUGCGCGCUAUAUCGUCAUCCUUGAAAACCACGAACACCACCUUUCCGAAGCCGAACGCCGCGGCAAUAGGCAACGUUCAAAAUCACCUGUUGAAGAGCAAUUUGAUGAGGAGGAACUGUCUCGCCCAACGAAACAUGCAAAACCUGAUGAGUCUCAAUACCCAUGGGUUGUCUCAGAUUUCAUACAUUCGGUCACUUUAUCCCCUUCCCUCACAGCUUCACUCGACCUCCUCAAACUGUAUUCAGUCGACCCUAAGGGCACGAAGCGAUCCCUCAUCAACUCACCCACAUGCCCUGAAUUCCCAGACUCCGAAUGGACGAACAUUCUUGCGGGUCGCGCUGUCAACCUCGACACGGUACUUACAGGUUAUUACUCGACAUCCAAUAACGACGAGCGCAUUGAGUCAAUCGGUGAUCUUGAUAUCAAAUUUGGAACUGUUGCCCCAACCAAAAUUGUUUCAAGUGCGGGGGAGUGGACAAUCACUUGGAAUAGAGCAUCUCGCGCAACGUCAAUGGCUUUCCCUCAUCGUGCGGGAGAACUGGCCGAUUAUGCUGAGUACAUCAUCGCACUUUUUGCAGCAACUGAUAUCCUGUUCCAUGACUGA